GUCGUCAACAUGGCAUGCGUGAAGUGAGACGUCUACCAAAACUUCACAUUGAGAAUUGAUUUCUCACUCUGUGUACUGUUUUUACGUGAAAGAAAGCCGUCGAACAAAACAUGUCCCGCCAUAGGAAUGUCCGAGGUUAUAACUACGACGAAGACUUUGAGGAUGAUGAUAUGUAUGGACAGUCUGUGGAGGAUGACUACUGCAUCUCUCCUGCCACUGCUGCACAGUUUAUCUACUCGCGCCAAGACUCAAGGCAAGCACGACAGGUGGAGACGCUGGAGGAGGCAGAAUAUGAGGAAGAGGAGAUGCCAACCUCUCCCACCAUCACACACACACUUGACCCACUAGAGCAAGUUUGGACAGGUCAGUUGUAUUCCUGUUUGGAUCAGAUGAGAGCAGUAUUGGGAGACUCCAUUCCAGAUUCCACACUGACUCGGGCAGCUCUGAAAUACGACUAUGACCCUCACAGAGCCCUUGAUUUCAUCCUGACUGAGGAGAACACUAAUGUACACACCCCUCCUGCCAGAAGCAAUCCACAUCCUGAGCCAACCACCGCAUCUGCACCGCAUAAAGCUAAAGUGCAGGAGGCUCCAGAAAGUCGUGUUGAAGCAGAGGUUAUCCCAAAGGUUGCACGUAUGACUGUAUCAGGCAAGAAGCAGACCAUGGGCUUUGAUGUGCGAAGUGCAGAAGAAAAUGUCGUUGUUGCCACAUCAGUCCGCAGAGGGCCGAGUCCAGAGGUCCCAGCCAUGGAGACCCCAUCCAAACCAGCGGCUGUGAGUGAAGACGCGACCAUCCCUACCCCACUCCGCUCUGCUGGAAAGAGCAAACAACAGCUCAACAUCCGUGCUGAACUAGAGAAGAGACAAGGAGGAAAACCAUUACUCAACCUGGUUGUCAUAGGUCAUGUAGAUGCUGGGAAGAGCACUCUCAUGGGUCAUGUGUUGUAUCUGCUGGGGAAUGUUAAUAAGAGAACCAUGCAUAAAUAUGAGCAGGAAGCCAAGAAAGCUGGCAAAGCCUCAUUCGCCUAUGCAUGGGUCCUGGAUGAGACAGGAGAGGAGAGAGACAGAGGUGUGACCAUGGAUGUUGGCAUGACAAAGUUUGAGACCGAUUCUACGGUUAUCACUCUGAUGGAUGCACCAGGACACAAGGACUUUAUUCCGAACAUGAUCACAGGGGCUGCACAGGCAGAUGUGGCUAUGUUAGUCGUAGAUGCCAGCCGUGGGGAGUUUGAGGCCGGGUUCGAGGCAGGUGGGCAGACUAGGGAGCAUGGCCUGCUAGUCCGAUCACUUGGAGUCACGCAGCUUGCUGUCGCUGUCAACAAGAUGGACCAGGUGAACUGGCAGCAGGAGAGGUUCCAGGAAAUUGUCUCCAAGCUUGGUCACUUUCUGAAGCAAGCUGGUUUUAAGGAUUCAGAUGUGUUCUACAUCCCUACAAGCGGCCUUUCUGGAGAAAAUCUGACCACCAGGAGCAAAGUACCAGAUCUAACAGCCUGGUACACUGGGCCAUGCCUACUGGAACAGAUGGAUGCAUUUAAACCUCCUCAGAGGUCAGUGGAGAAGCCAUUCAGACUCUGUGUGUCAGACGUCUUCAAAGUUUUGACAACCAGAACAGCAGCAAAGGACCUUGCGAAGAUGCUGGAGGAAAGAGAUCAGGGCUCUGGGUUCUGUGUGACGGGGAAGAUCGAGGCUGGUUUUAUUCAGACAGGAGAUAAAGCACUGGUCAUGCCACCUAAUGAGACCUGCACUGUGAAAGGGAUCACUCUUCAUGAUGAAGCUUUAGACUGGGCAGCUGCUGGUGAUCAUGUCAGUCUGACGGUAACUGGCAUGGACAUCAUCAAAAUAAAUGUUGGAUGUAUAUUCUGUGAUCCCAAAGAGCCCAUCAGAGCGUGUACAAGGUUCCGAGCAAGAAUUCUCCUCUUUAAUAUAGAAGUUCCUGUUACGCAAGGAUUUCCCGUGCUGUUGCAUUAUCAAACAGUAAGUGAACCGGCAACUAUUAGAAAGAUAGUCAGUAUAUUACACAAGAGCAGUGGAGAAAUUCUCAAGAAGAAACCAAAGUGUUUGAGUAAAGGACAGAAUGCAGUGGUGGAAAUUCAAACACAAAGGCCUGUGGCUCUGGAACUUUAUAAGAAUUAUAAAGAACUGGGUCGAUUCAUGCUCAGAUAUGUGGGAUCGACUAUUGCUGCUGGAGUCGUCACAGAGAUCAAAGAAUAAAAACAAGGAUCCAUCUGAACUGGAUCCGUCAGCACAUACUGGAGGAAAAUCUCUGAACAGAAGCGCAAUUCCCCCUCGGAGCGUACACAAAUGCAAAGUGCAUGCAUAUACACAAAGAUACCCAUUAGGCAACCAGACACCGAAGCUGCUAUUUAUUUUACAGACAACAUAAACCUUUUCAAAGGCUGAAUGUUGUGGUAUGAGUGAAUGUCUUGUGUUAGAGUUGCUCUUCAGCUUUCAAUAAACAAUUGAACUGUAUAUUGUCCCACAUUUCCCUCAACUUAAGCCCUCCUGAUAAUCCACACACUUAAACACAGAACUACCAGUACUUUAAUUCCAUCAAUUCAUUUAUACAUCUCUGAUCAACAAACGGAACACAUUUUUAUUUUAUUAUGUGACAUUUUAUUUAGAUUGUUCUAACUACAAUGUGGGAAUAAUAUGGAAUAUUUAUCCUUGGUUCAAGUCAAAGGUUUUAAAGAUUUAAACAAGAAUUAAUUAGGGGUGUGUACAUUAGUGAAGGGGAAAGAGGAGAAACUAAACUGAGCAUACUGUAGCUGGCUGCCCUCAACUCAAUCUGUUUCUACAUCCUUUCAGUCGUUUUCUGGCUUAAUGAUGAGAAACCAUAAGCAUUAGGAACUAAAUCAACUCAGGGAGCCAAGAUGACUAAUGGAGAAUGAGAUGUGGACUGGACAGGAAAGAAUUGAAUGAGGCAUAAACUCAUCUGGGUGUCUAUAAUCAAACAUGAAUCACUUUAAGCAUCUGAAGGACAUCAUUGUGUCUGACUCAUCAGAUCUUUACAUUAAUAUUAAGGGGUUUAAAUUUAAAGAACUUUUUGUUUGGGUGUAUUGAGGCUUAAGUUGGAUCUGUGAAAAGCUUCAUCAGAAAAAAAGAAAUCUGUGGAGUGUCUAUAAUAAACACAAACAUCUCAUGUAUUUGUGUGCAUGUAUUUAAUCUCCAGGCAAUUUUUAAUUUUAAUUAGUAAAUUCUUAAAUAUAGACCACAAUUAAAAGCCAUACUGAAGUGGUGGUACUCAGUUUUUUUUAAUAAGUGAAUAUAAUAAAAUAAUAUUAACGAUGUCUUUGCUUAACGUAAAGCUAUAGCAGCGAAUGAAUAAAAAUGUACGUUUGCAAGUGUUGUACAACAAACUUAAGAUAAUAUAAGCCCUUAUGCAACACUUCUCACUCUAACAGGCUAUUGGAAACACUGAUUUCCCACGGUAUAGUGUAUCCCUGCCUCAGCAAUGUUCCUGACAAUUUUAAUUCAUGUACAAACAACUGUUCGCUGAUCUAACAAGAACUUGAAUGCCUAAGUUCUUUAACAGGAAAGACAUUGGUAACACUUUACAAUAAGGUUCUGUUUGUUAAUAUUAAUGUAUUAGGUAUCAUGAACUAACAUUGAACAAAAACUUUACAGAAUUUAUUAAUCUUGGUUAAUUUCUAAAUAUGCUACUGUUCCAUGUUCAAGUUAGUUUCUAAUGCAUUUAUGUCAACGUAUACAACUUUUAAUGUUAAAAAUGUUUUACAUUUUGAAAUUAACAUUAACCAAGAUCAAUACAUGUACUGGAAUUCAUACUUUACUAGUGCAGUAUGACCAUAUCUGUUGUUUGAAUCUCAGUAAUUUUCUGCUUGUAAAAGUUCAUUCUCACAAAUUCUCAUCACACCUAUUCAAAUGUUUGCUAAUGAGUUGUCCAAGAACACAUUGUGAAUGUGUGGAACUGCAAUUUUUCACUCCACUCUCUGAUAUUUAAUAUGACAUCAAUAUAAUAAAGAUUUUUUUUUUUAAGUUAUAAACUUGGCAAUAUAUAGCAGAAAUUGGUACUUUAAAAUUGCUAAAAUUGUAAUGUGAUUGACUGGAUGCUGCUUUGACCCCGCCCAUUUAUACAAGAUUACAGAUUUGCCUACAUGUAAGAUUAGCAACAAGACUGAAAAAUAUGGGACUGUACUUGACAUUUACCUCUUGUUUUAUGGCUCGGAGGUGGCUGACUUGGUUCAAUCAGGGUAACAAAAUAAUUGUUCCAAAAUACUUUAAAUGUGCCAUUGAGCUCUGAGCUACAGUCCUAAUUUAUGUGCUUUUCUGUAAUGCAGAGUCGAAUUAUUCCUGGUGCACUAAUCACAGACCCAAGGGAAUGUGCCAUUAGCUCUGCUUUAAACAGAGCAUCAAAGAGUUUUCUUAAUUACCCUUUAAAUUUUUUUUUGACUAUCCUUUUUUGUACAACUUUAAUUUCAGAUAAUUGUGCUCUUUGAUCUUGUGUUCAGACAUCUAAAAAUGAUUGGCUAAUGAUCCUUCCAUUAAUUACCUGCAUCACUACCUACAAUGACAUUUUGAGUCUUUUUUUUUUUUCCUCGUUUUUUCUUUCUUUCUACUAAUAUAGAUGUAGAGGGUCCUUACUUUUUCUUCGCAGGUCUUAUAUGAUUGGCGCUACUUUUUCCCUGAGGAAUCAGAUUAA